GAGCUGGAGCAUAUUUCGUAUGCUUCUCCCUUUGCUCACUAUGCAGCAGCAGUUAUCCAUGACUGCAGAUGCACCGCUGCUUAUGCUUUCCAAUAUGUUUGCAACUGGAAGGAAAUGCAUUCGCACGAGCUGGUUGUUGCACUGAACGAGACUUCCGGUAAUGAGCCUACCUAUGAUUCGCUGCGCAAAGCUGUUGAAGACGUCAACACGCUAGGCAAGCAGCCGGCUGACUGGAAUGCAUUCACAGCACAGAACCACACAGUUCUGGAUGUGUCGCGCACGUAUGCGCCACUGGUGCGCCAGAUUCCAUUUGCAGCACUGCUUCACCUUGUGUCAGCCAUGGACCUUCCGCGGUACUCGAUCGCCAGCUACCAGCUGGUUGUUGGCAAUCAGACCCAUGUUUCAAUUGCUAUUGUCAACCAUAUUGUCAAGGGUUAUUGAUACGGCGGUCUGGCAACUGGGUGCUUGGAAUCUUUGGAGCCAAGCGCUUAUGUACCUGUGUCGCAUCUCCCAGCGUACGGCUUUUUCCACCUUCCGCUUUCAUCGGAUAUGCCUGUAGUUUUCGUUGCCACUGGUAUUGGAAUUGCUCGGUUCCACAGAUCCUUGCAGGAGCUGAGGUUUGCAGGAGUUGAUGGU